AUGCCGAGCAGGUUUUUCAAAAACGCUUCUCUCAUGGACGCGGUUCGGACCACGAUUCGCUUCCAGCAACCUGUUGCUGAGUCGACGUCUACCGGCGACGAGCAGCGAUUGGUAUUUGCCACGUUGUCUAGCCAGGAGGUGUUUGAAGGGAUCGAGGACGACUCGAUUAGUAGCCCGGGCUCCGCGAAAAACUGUGAAAGCUUACAGUCUGGCAACGAAGACUCUCAUUCGGACGAUGACGAAUUGGAUAUUGCGACCAAGAUGGUAUUAAAGAACGCACAAGUGCCAAAAUCCAAAAUUUAUUCUUCGGAUAGCGAGGAAGAACAAAUCGUACGGUAUACCUCUUCUUUAAAAAAACGGAAGAAUUGUCUAGACUCCGAUUCUGACAGCGGAACGAUACCAAAGAAACGUGCAUACGAUUCCGAAAAAGAAAUUAUCGAUAUCGACUCGGAUGACGACCAGAACGGAUCUUCAUCGACAUCAUCUUCACAUUCUGUAAUUAGGCCCAUUUUGAAACGUCGGAGACAAAUUCUAUCGGAUUCGACGGACGACGAAAUGGUCGAAGCCCAAAAACGUAAAAGUCCGUUCUGGUCGGACGAGCCGUCAACGCCACUACCGGGAAGUCCGUGGCUGUCAGAGUCGGAGUGUUCAUCGUUAACCGGACCGGCGGUAUCUUCUUCCACGGUCAACUCGGAAUUAUUACCUCCUUCACCCGAGCCUCCGAUCGUGCCGCCGUCAACGCCACUACCAGAGAGUCCGUGGCUGUCAGAGUCGGAGUGUUCAUAG